UUGAUAAUGAUAGAUAAUAACACACGAUGAAUUACACAGCCACUAAUAAUUUGGACCCGUCACUUUACCAAUAUAAAACUCGCAUUGGUGUGGUCUGUGUUUGGAUCGUAGCCUCUAUCAUCGGCCUCGUUGGAAACAGUCUCGUCAUCUGGUCCGUCAUCCUGUCCAAGAAACUCCGCACCGUGACCAACGCCUUCGUGGUCAACCUCAGCGUGGCUGAUUUCUGGACCAGUCUCUCCUACCCGUGGAUUUCAGUAGCUUUGCUCAGCCAUGGAAGCUGGCCUAUGGAGUUAGAGGUCCCGUGUGUCAUUGCUGCUAUUCAACUUUAUACCGGUCUUGGUGCGAGUCUUUAUACUUUGGCAUCCAUAGCUUUGAACCGCAUGGUCCUCAUCACUCAAACCACGAAUACCUACAGUUGUUGGUACACCCCGCGUAAAGUAGCCGUCAUGAUCGCAACGACUUGGGUCAUCCCGUGUGUUGUGACUUUCCUCCCACUGCUUCUUGGCAUAGGCUCCAUUGGUUACGAUCCACAAGACAAUACAAUAUGUUCAGACAAAGAUGGUCAUCCACGAGGUCCCGAAUACAACCUGGCACAAUCUGUUGGUCUAUACCCAGUCCCAAUGCUCAUCGUCAUCUGUUGCUACACGGCACUCUACAUCCAUCUCAAACGACACUUCAGGAAGCAGAAAAAGAGGAACUCUAUGCAAGGCAAACCAUCUGUCUGUGGAGAUGUUGAAGCAUCUAGUUGUCUCACAUGUGACGAUUAUAGAAACAAUACAUCACACGUUGUCGCAAAAACCCGUCUGGCAAUCAGCCAUCAACAACUUGCCAUCACCAAGAACUUGUUCCUUGUGUUUUGCGUCUUCACUGUGUUACUCUCUCCUUAUUUCAUCUCUCUCGCUGUGCCGUCUAGCCGUAAGUUUGCCCUGUACGGAGUUACCAUUGCCAUCCUCAAUAGCUGUGUAAACCCCAUCAUCUACACCAUCAACCACCCACAGUUUAAGGUGGUACUCCGAAAGAUAAUUCUGUGCCGCUAUUCGGACAUACCAGAACCUUCUAAUUUCUUAAAGUCAGUUUUAACAUUGCAGAGAAACUGA